AUGGCCACCACACAUAUAAUCAACACGUCCAACCCGGGCGCCCACCUCGCGGGCUCGGGAUCCCAUUCGUCCAGCUCGAGCAAUAUCGUCGGGGUCCACUACAAGGUCGGCAAGAAGAUUGGCGAGGGGUCUUUUGGGGUCAUCUUUGAGGGAACCAACCUCCUCAACUCCCAAACGGUCGCUAUCAAAUUCGAACCGAGGAAAUCUGAUGCGCCGCAACUUCGGGACGAGUACCGGUCGUACAAGAUCCUCAGUGGAUGUGUCGGAAUCCCCCAGGUGUAUUACUUUGGGCAAGAAGGGCUGCACAAUAUCCUCGUGAUCGACCUGCUCGGACCGUCCCUGGAGGACUUGUUCGACAUGUGCGGCCGCAAAUUCAGCAUCAAGACUUGCUGCAUGACUGCUAGGCAGAUGCUAUCCCGAGUCCAGGUGAUCCACGAAAAGAACCUCAUCUAUCGCGACAUCAAGCCCGACAACUUCCUUAUCGGCCGACCCAACACCAAAGCUGCCAACACGAUUCACGUUGUCGAUUUCGGAAUGGCAAAGCAGUAUCGGGAUCCCAAGACCAAGCAGCAUAUCCCGUACCGGGAGCGCAAGAGCUUGAGCGGGACGGCGCGGUACAUGAGUAUCAACACCCAUCUCGGCAGGGAACAAUCACGACGAGACGACCUGGAAGCGCUCGGUCAUGUCUUCUUUUACUUUUUGCGGGGCGGUCUCCCAUGGCAGGGUCUCAAGGCGGCUACCAAUAAGCAAAAGUAUGAGAAGAUUGGGGAGAAGAAGCAGACGACGCCGAUACCCGAGCUGGUCGAGGGGAAUCCGCAAGAGUUUGCCAUCUACCUCAACUAUGUCCGAAAACUUACGUUUGACGAAACGCCCGAUUAUGACUUUUUGAAGGAGCUGUUUGCGACGGCGAUGAAGAAUGCGGGAGAGGAGGAUGAUGGAGUAUAUGAUUGGAUGAUGUUGAACAACGGAAAGGGAUGGGAACUGAACGGCCACCCAUCGCUCCAGACCGAUCCUACCCGCUCCCGACCCCGCGUAGAGAAAGAGUACCGCUCAGACCGCGUCGACCGAUUACGUUCCGGCGCCGCCGCCCCUUCCCCGCUCAAGACCCGGAAAUCGGGCACGUCCGGCCUCCCCAACGCGUCCAACCAAGCCAUCAUUGGCGUCUCAGCCCCUUCACCCUUGCCUACCAGCCGGCGCCAGUCAGCGGCGGGCGGACACCCAUUCGCCAGUGCCGAGCGGGACGACUAUGAUGCCUCCAACGUGGCCGUACCGUCCCAGGCGGGGUUGACGCCUAUUGCGCCGAUGAAUGUCCAUGGAAGGAGCGGCGGGGGUGGGACAGCGGCCAACAGCGCGAGUCAGCAGGUACAGGGAGAAGCGGACUUUGAGGGCGGGAAGAAGCAGAAUGGGCUGGUCAGGUUGUUGACUUGCGGGUGUUUCCGGUGA